AUGUCGCGCUCACUGGCGGUCGUCGCUGUUGGUUUCCUCAUGCCCCUAGGACUCAGCUGUGCAGCCGGAGUUCCCGCUGCAGCUCAAAUCAUUGACUGGAAGAGCUUCAACGUUCUUCCGACAGUGCUCCCUCCUGCAGAAGCCAACGACUCUACGCUUUUCCUAUGGCCCGGCGUGACGAAAGAGUCUCUUGAAGCCAAACCCUUCCAUAUUUACGACCCCGAGUUCUACGAUGUCAUUGGACAAAACCCCUCGCUGACGCUGAUUGCUACCUCUGACACGGAUCCCAUUUUCCAUGAGGCCGUUGUCUGGAAUCCUCCUACCGAGGAGGUCUUCUUCGUCCAGAACGCUGGCGCUCCUGCUGCAGGUACUGGGUUGAAUAAGUCAUCCAUCAUCCAGAAGAUCUCACUUGCGGAAGCCGAGGCCGUGCGAACAGGUUCCAGAGCUAAUGCUACCGUCACCGUUGUCCCUUCGCACCCGCAGGUCAUCAAUCCCAACGGUGGCACAAACUACAAGGGCAACAUCGUCUUCGCUGGUGAAGGACAAGGUGAUAAUAUCACUUCGGCACUGUAUCUGAUGAAUCCAGUGGCUCCUUUCAACACCACAGUCCUCCUGAACAACUACUUUGGUCGUCAGUUCAAUUCACUCAACGACGUUGUCAUCAACCCUCGUAACGGGGAGCUGUACUUCACCGACACCCUGUACGGCUUCCUCCAGGAUUUCCGCCCUCCGCCUGGCCUGCGUAAUCAGGUCUAUCGCUACAAUUUUGAGACCGGUUCUAUUGCUGUCGUUGCCGAUGACUUCACUUUGCCAAAUGGUCUCACCUUCUCACCUGAUGGCCUGAAAGCCUACGUCACUGACACAGGCAUUGCCCUCGGAUUUUACGGUCGCAAUCUCUCGUCUCCCGCCUCAGUCUACUCAUUUGACGUGAAUGAAGACGGCACCUGGGAAAAUCGCAAGACCUUUGCUUACACUGCCGCUUUCAUCCCCGAUGGUGUUCACACUGACUCUGUUGGCCGUGUCUACGCUGGUUGUGGCGAUGGUGUUCAUGUUUUCAAUCCUUCCGGUAAACUCAUUGGUAAGAUUUACACUGGCACAACAGCUGCCAAUUUCCAGUUCGCUGGAGAUGGCCGAAUGAUUAUCACUGGACAGACGAAGUUGUUUUAUGUCACACUUGCGGCGUCGGGUGUAGCCAUACAGUAG